ACUUAAUUAGGUAUUGCACCCUGCAAUAUAACUAUAUAUCAUAUCUAGCAAUUUAUCUAAUCAGAUUUGAUGAUCAGAUUGAAAAAGGUCUUGAUAUACUUAUACUAGAAGAUCUUGAUAAUAAUGAAGAAAGUGAAGAGAAGGAAAGUCCUGAGGAAAUUAAGAAGAAUUCAGAUAUUUCUUCUAGAUUAGAAACAGAAAUUAACCAAAUAUAUUUUUAG